AUGUCAAAUGAUUUUGAAUGGAUUGACAGCACAAAAGAGUUUUUGUUUUGCAAGUUAUGCCAAAUUAAAUUAAGUGGAAGUAGGUUCCACCUGAAGAGGCAUGAGAGAAAUUCGACGCAUCAGAAAGCUUCUAAGGCAGUGAAAACAUCCCAACAUUUAAAAUCAUUAGUUGGUGAUGGCAGCAAAAAUAAAUUAUUGAAGCAUCAAAUCAAAACAGCUGAAAUUAAAUUAUGUUGUUUUAUUUGUGAAGAAAAUCUACCUCUGCUGCUAAUGGAUACAUUGCCUUUAUUAAAUAAAGAAAUCUACCCUGAUUCGAAGAUUGCACAGGGUGUAUCAAUGAAAAGAAGCAAAGCCACAAAAAUUAUUACAGGAGUUUUAGGGCAGACUUUCAAAAAAGAGGUUAUUAAUGAUUUAAAGAAGAGCAGAUUUUCAAUCAUAAUUGAUGAGAUAACUGACAUUAGUACUAAAAGGUCUUUAGUUGUUGUAGUACGAUAUUGGAGUGAUGACCAUCAGAAAAUUGUAGAUUGA